AUGCAUUCAACUCUCCAGGCGGAACUACGGUUCUCGCAGAUCAUUUGCUCCAGUUGUCGACAUUGCGCUCGGCAACAGUCACGAAACCCCCGCCGCUCCUUUUGUACUACGCCUCGCCCUCGGACCGCUCAGAAACCGUCGAAUAGCAUUGCCUCACUUAGUAGCCGUGGGAUCAGUGAUGAUUCAAAGAGCCGUGGAGCUGCUCGCACGGAGAUAGCAAGAGAUAACGAACAUGUCGAAGAGGGAUCGACACCCGCCCAGCAACAUCGACCCGGGCCCCGCGACAGCCCUGUCGCUGAGCCCUCGGACGAUGCUCGAGCAAAAGACUUCUACGGGUCGCCCGCGAAGCGAAGACUGCGGAAUCGCAUGAACAAAGAUGGAGAGACGGAAUAUCAAGCUCCGGAAUGGUUCAUGGACAGCAACGUGACCCUCUUCGGGUCAGAUUUUCUUGCUCCUGGUGCCCCUUCGCGAAUCAAAACAGUGGCCGCGGACCUACUCACCGGCGAGCCCCUUGAACAAAGCCAUUCCCCAGACUCGGGCAGUGCUCCUUCAGAGGGUUCAGGAGGUAAAGGCAGCGGCCCUGACCCAAUCCACAACUCGCAAGGGAAACCAACAGUGGCAACGGACAAGUUAGAGCAACCAGAAAUAUUACAAUCUUCGUCGAGUCCAUCGACAACUUUGAGGUACCACGUCGUAGACGAACAAUAUGAAGAGGUCAUGCGGACUGCAAGAGGUCUCAUGCAGGUAUCACGAAACCAGAAUUCGCAAAAUGGUGUCGACUCCUUCAGAGAUCACCUUCACCUACAAUACGCGGGCAAGGAUGGCGAUCUACUGCUUGACCAUCUCGUCCAGGAUAUUGCACGUCACCUCGGCUGCGAUCUGAUGGUAGUGGACGCUCAAGACAUUGCAGAUCUGAUCCACCGGAAUCAUACAAAUCCAAGCACGGCCAAAGCCGGUCGUAUGCUCAGCUACGACGUGCUGUCCACCGCGUUUCCAGACCUCUCCGAAAACAAUUCAUCACACGAAGCACAAGAUAUGGAUGAUGACGAUGGAGAUAUCGACGACAUGAUGGACGACCUGGAUUCCACACCUGUUUCUCCCCGCAUAGGGAUGCCCAUGUUCAUCGGAAAGCCUACGGCGAUUUUGAAGACGAUAAUCGGACAGAUCCCAGAGUUUGGGGACGGUAUGCGGUCAGAAAUGCCUCGAGGCACGCUGAGAAUGUGGCCAGACUUUGGCGAUUCUCAAAAGCCAAGAGAUGAGCAAGGUGGACUGUCUGGACUCAUCUACAAAUUAUUAAAGAGCUUGUCGGAUCGGCGAACCGCUACGGGCCUGCCGGGGAAAGAGCAGAUCAGCGACCUGGAGCGGCAACGAGAGACUGCAGCAAACCGGAGUGGUGUCCCAAAAGGUGGCGCAAUAGUCCAUGUCAGAGACUUCAGGGCCAUCCAGAGUCUGGACAUGGGUCGCUCAUUUCUGAACAGCCUUCAUAGGCAACUAGCUCAACGAAGAAGUAAAGGCGAAUGCGUUCUGCUGAUCGGUACAGAUUCUGCUCGCGAGGAUCAAGAACCUUUCACCCGGGAACGUAUUAACGAGUCCCAAAGUGGCGGACAAGAUGGAAAGUCACAAAACAUCGUCUUGACACCGGUCUUGCCAAAUACUACGUCCAAGCUUGCACUCCUCCACGAUAGGAAGCAACGUAUUUCCACGGUCAAUAUGAGACACCUCUGGGAGACAUUGAGAUAUUGGAAGCCUUCUGUCUUCGCUCAUCUCGAACCAGGUUUCUGGCGCAAUGAUUUCUCCGACCGCAUCACUCGCAGCGACAGAUCAUGUUUGGAAGGGCAGGUGUGGAAUCACCAGUACGUGCAACGGUUAGCCACCUAUAUUGCAGGAACUGUUCCGACAACUCGUGACGGUGAAGUCGAUACCCCUGCAUCCAAAGACCAACCACAGCCCAUCAUUAGUGCUGCAACGUCCCAUUUGAACCACAGUGACAAGACCAAGAUCCGGUGGGCAGACAAGCAAUCAAAGGAAGCGAAGAAGGAAAUUCCAGAACGUCAUCUGAGCAAUAACGACCGACUUGCCAGAAUACGUGCAUCGGCUACCAAAUAUGAGAAACGAUUGAUGGGGGGCAUUAUUGAGGCGAAGAACAUUAACACAACCUUUAACGACGUGCACAUGCCGGUUGAGACCAUUGAUACCCUUCAAACCUUGACUACUCUGUCAUUGAUUCGCCCUGAAGCUUUCAAAUAUGGUGUCCUCGCUUCCGAUAAGAUCCCAGGCCUUCUGCUUUACGGCCCACCAGGCACAGGUAAAACUCUGGCUGCGAAAGCGGUCGCCAAAGAAUCUGGUGCGACAAUGCUUGAGGUCAGCGCGGCAGACAUUAAUGAUAUGUAUGUUGGCGAGGGAGAGAAGAAUGUGAAGGCACUAUUCAGCCUAGCUAGGAAGCUUUCACCUUGCGUUGUCUUCCUGGACGAGGCGGACGCUAUGUUCAGUGCCAGGAGCAAUCAAGGUCGGCGAGUCAGCCAUCGCGAACUCCUCAACCAAUUUCUGAAAGAAUGGGACGGGAUGAGCAAUGACUCGGGGAGCGCAUUCAUUAUGGUGGCGACUAACCGGCCCAUGGAUCUCGAUGAUGCUGUUCUUCGCCGCUUACCGCGCCGCUUACUCGUUGAUCUUCCCAAAGAGCCUGAUCGGUUGGAGAUCCUCAAAAUUCACCUGCGCAGCGAGAAACUCGGCGAGGAUGUCAACUUACAAGAUCUUGCCAGAAAGACCCCCUUCUAUUCGGGCUCCGACUUGAAGAAUGUUGCCGUUGCGGCGGCUUUGAAUUGUGUCAGGGAGGAGAACGAACUAGCCAAGCAGCACAAGGGGGAGGAACCAUAUCAGCAUCCCGAACGACGUACGCUCACAAAGAGACACUUUGACAAGGCCUUGGACGAGAUCUCAGCCAGCAUCUCGGAGGAUAUGUCGAGCCUGAGGGAUAUUAAGAAGUUUGAUGAACAGUUUGGGGACAAGCGCGGAAAGAAGAAGAAAGCGCCUAGAUUAGGAUUUCCAACCGAGAAGGAGAAUGAGAAGGCUCGAGACACGGUCAAGGUGAGGGAUUGA